ACAGCUCCCGCUGUGGUGGGGUGGCGGACGGGACAGGAGCGCAUUUGGGGCUGGGCGCACUGAGCUGGGGGCUGCUGCAGGAGAACCCAGAGGAGGUCGCGGGCUCCGGGCGCGCAGAGCGCGGCGUGGUGCUCUCGGAGGGGGCGUCCCGGGGCAGAGGGGGUAGCAGAGCAGGGGCACCCGUACAGAAACGUCAGAAGAAGGGGUGAGCACAGGGACGGGGACGCCCGGAGCCAGAGGAAGGCGCGGGGCCCCGGGGCGCACGGAGAUCUGGCAGAGCCGCGGCCAGGGUUUGAGGAGCCGGCUCCGCCGGGGGCGCGAGGAGCCGCCCCUGGGCUGAGGCCCGGCCAGCCCGGGCUGGGACCGAGGGGCUCGGAGCGGCCGGCGGGAUCUAGCCAGCAUGGCAGCGGAGCUGUGGUGUCUCCUGUCCGCGCUGCUGCUGCUCGAGACCUUUGCAAGUUCCGGUUUCCUGAGCUCAAACCAAGACCCUAGACUGGAGGGGGAACAGGAUUGCCUGAGGGCCAGUGAGCAUUGUGCCCGGGAUGCUGGCUGCAGUGCCCGGCUCCGCACCCUUCGCCAGUGUGUGGCAGGAGAUGGUGCCGCCAAGCUGGGGCCUGAUGCCCGGAGUCAAUGCCAAAGCACAGUCCAAGCCUUGCUGUCCAGCAGUCUCUAUGGCUGCCGAUGUCGUAGGGGCAUGAAACGGGAGAAGGACUGCCUGGGUGUGUAUUGGAGCCUGCGCCACACCUUCCCACAAGGGCUGAUGCUAGAAAGCUCCCCUUAUGAGCCUUUCAACAGAGGCCUCGAGUACGUCGGAUUGGCAGCUAUUACAGCAGGGUCCGAGGGCGAGAGCCCGUCCCCGCGGGGCAACCGCUGCCUGGACGCGGCCAAGGCUUGCAACGUGGACGGGCUGUGCCAGAGGCUGCGCGCGGACUACGCGGCCCUGUGCCUGCGGGCCGGGCCCCGCGGCUGCCCCCGCGCCCGCUGCCACCGGGCCCUGCGCCGCUUCUUCGACCGGGUGCGUCCCGCGCUCAGCCACGCGCUGCUCUUCUGCCCCUGCGGGCCCGGGGACGCGGCGUGCGGAGAGCGCCGGAGGCAGACCAUUGUGCCGGCCUGCUCCUACGGCCCCGGCCCCCAGCCUGGGCCCCGCGCCGCCCCCGCAGCCGCAGCCGCUGGCCAGCCCAACUGCCUGGCGCCGCUGGACACCUGCCGCCGGGGCUACGUCUGCAGGUCCCGCUUGGCUGAGUUCCAGGCAGCCUGCCAGCCAUCCCUGCUCACUCCCAGUGGAUGCAUCCAUGAAGAUUCCCCCAGCUGCCUAUGGGCCUACACUGGCAUUCUGGGGACUCCCAUCACACCCAACUACGUGGACAAUGUAAGCACUGCUGUGGCACCUUGGUGUGGCUGCAGCUCCAGUGGGAACAGGCUUGAAGAAUGUGAGACCUUCCUGGGGCUCUUCGUGGGGAACCCCUGUCUCCAAAAUGCUAUCCUGGCUUUUGGCAACCAGACAGCACAAAGCUGGGCCCCCUCUGCCUUCCCACCUGGAACAUACCUGCAGGAAGCCCCUGGUCCCGGGCACAGCCUUUUCAACCAACUAAAGCCCCCACCACCUACCCAGGUAUCCAGAGAAGGCCCUUCCACGGGGUGCUCUCCCAGGCUUUGUGGGGCUCAAGGCUUGACCGUCCCCAGGGAUCAAAUGCUUCUUACAGCCCUAGUCCUCUGGUUCCUGCCCUGAGUAGGACAGCAGGCAGAGGACAGAAUGAACGAUCCUGUUUGUAUGCAUCCUCUUCCAGUGGGGGUGGCAUAGUGGGAACCUGAGUCAAAGAGAAGUAGGGACCUAGUGGGUCACCUUUGAGUUGGCCCCAACUCUCCCUAACCUCAGACCUCUGCAGGUCUGUGACCCAGACCCUUCCUGCCCUUCUUUCCUGACCCAGUACAGAGAGAAAGGGCUGGGGGACUGUGGGGAAUGACUCAGAGGGCAGAGAAGACAUCCCAUCCUAGAGACUGCUAGAUCUGACAUGCUGUGAACCACUUGCCUCCUAGCAUGGAGUACUGGCCUUAAACCUUGAGGUCUGAGGUCUUAGGUAUCUAUAGAACUUCAGCUCAUUGAUUGAGGUGAUAGCUUGUUGGGAUUUUAGAAAUGGAGGGAAUUUUAGAGAUCAUAGAAUCCAACUUCCUCACUUCACAGAUGAGGAAAUUGAGAUGUUUCUGGCUUUGGUGUAACACAAAAAGCUGUGGACAGUCAGGAGACCAAGGCCCUGCCUCUCAUUGACUGUGUGACCUUGGGCAAGUCAAUCUAUCUUUCUUGGUCUCAAUUUCCUCAUUUUUUAAAAAUGGGUAUAACCUUUGAUGACAUCUAAAGCCCCUCUGCUCAGCUCUAUAGUCCUAUGACCUAAUAACAAUUCCCACCUCACAGGACUGUUGUGAGGAAAGUACUUUGUAAACCUUAAAGCUCUCUAGAAAACACAGCCAUUUGGAUCCUGUUGGGAGUGGACUGGGGAGAGAGCGAGCUGGCACAUGGGAUGAAGAGACAAUUGCACAAAUAGAGGAGGAGGCAGGUCUAGGCAACAGGUGCCCUGAAAAAAGAUCUGGAGGGUUUAGUAGAAUCACUGAGUCAGUAGUGUGACACAGUGGACAAAAAUGCUAAUUCUAUCCAAGCCCCCAGAACAAAGGUGGGGGUGGCCUCAUGGACUUAGCCCCGGUGGGAUCCCUCUGCCCCCCUGCAAUAGAAGAGGGCAUUAGAUUCUGGGCAGACAUGGAUGAGCUCAAAGUGGUGUAAGGGAGGGUGCCCGGGAUAGAUUUAUUCUGCUUAUUCUCCAAAGGUAGAAUUAGGAGCAGGGGAGUAGGAUGGGGGGGGGGGAGGAGAGGGGAAAGGAGAGGGCAUUACCGGGAGGCGGAUUUCAGCUCAUCACAAGGAAAAACAAAUGAUUCUGGCCACUAAAAAGAGAUGAGCUACCGCAAUAGUCUGGGUGUUCUUUUUCACUGGACCUUUUUAAAGCAUAGGCCAGGCGACCACAGGUGUGGGAUUUUUUUAGAAAGGGCCCCUGUUCAGGACCAAAAACCUCCUCAGUCCCUUCCAGGUGAUGAGUGAGAGGGUGAGGACGAUGAGCCACCUGCCUCCUUUGGGGGUGACUCCUCUGAAGGGUGUGGGAUUGAGAGGAAAGGGAGAGCAGGAGAGUGAAAGGUGGGACUGGGAGGAAGUACUGGCAUUGAUAACAGUGAAAGGGGGAAAAGAUGAAGGUGGAACAGAAGAGGGGACUUGUAAUUUUUGAUUUGUUCUUUCUAGUUGAGGGUGUUAUUUUUUAUUUGUAUUACUUGUAAAGCAGGGGGACUUUCUUAGUCUUUGUAUUUUUGUUUGUUUUUUUGGUGAGGCAAUUGGGGUUAAGUGACUUGCCCAGGGUCACCCAGCUAGUAAGUGUCAAGUGUCUGAAGCUGGAUUUGAACUCAGG